AUGACUCGCGGAAUCUUAUAUUAUUCCUCACUCUCUCCCGUAAAAAUUGACAGAGUCCUGACCCUGCUGUUCUUGCUGGCCCUCGCGGACGCGGCGCCGAAGAAGGCCCCCAAGAAAGGCCCUUCGACCGGACCCAACGACAACCGCGGCCCCGCGAAGUCCCAGGUCCCCGCCACGCCGCUGAAGGGGAGGCCCGCGAAGACGCACAUCUCCCCGUUCCCGCACGACUCCGACGUCUUCACCGUGAAGAACGCGAAAGCCGUCCCGCGUCCCGAGAACCCAAAGCUAGAGAAACCCGCCGUCUCUCCCCCAAAAAAGCACGAGAAGAACCGUCAAGGCCCCUGCACCACGCCAGAAUGCGAACAAGCCGCCCAGGAACUGCUGGACUCGAUGGACCUCACCGUCGACCCCUGCGACGACUUCUACGCGUACACCUGCGGGAACUGGAUCCUGAACAACCCCAUCCCGCCGACGUCGAACGUGAUGACCAUGUUCAACAAGCUCCGGGACGAGCUCAAUCAGAGAGUCCGAGGUCAGCCGAAACCGUUUCGACCUUUACACCUCGUCCUUUACAUCUUGUCCUUCACGCUUGGUCCUUUACGUCCUUCGGCAGACAUCCUGGAAGCGGAACCCUCGCCGGACGAUAACGUUCCUGUGCUGGACGCGAAGACCAUGUACUCCUCUUGCGCCGACACCGGGCCUGGAGCCCCUCGCCUGGCACUACCCCUACAAGCCGCCGACCGGCUACUGGGACCUGGUUACCCCGCUCCUCCUGAAGCUGACCGUCGUCUACCGCCGCCGGCCCUAGACCUGCGGAUGUGGCUGGACAACUUCCCCUGCCGCUUCGACCAGUCCCUGGUAGUGCCGAGCCGGCAGUGCCUGCGACCCAUCGAACAGGAGGCGGAUGAGGUCAUCGCCUUCGAGGUCGCCCUCGCCGAGAUCUCUUGGACGGAUUUUCUGAACGCGGUGUUCUUGAGCGUGGGCGUGACAUGGGGCAACAACGACCAGGUCGUCUGCUAUGCCACGGACUUCAUGGCCGACCUGGCCGACCUUAUCAACCGGACACCAGUGAGGACGAUCGGAAACUACCUGCACUGGCGGCUGGUGUACUCUGUGGGCGACGAGACGAACGAAGCGAUGCGGGAUCUCUUCUUCCAAUUCUCGCAGAUCGUCUCGGGAGUCGACGAACCUCCAGAAAGGGAGAACGUGUGUGCGAGCAUGGUGAACAGCCUGAUGGGAAUGGCUGUCGGGAGUGUCUACGUAUCCAACUUCUUCCCAGCCACUGCCAAGCAAGAGGUGAGACGGAUGAGGGCAGGGGGCAGGGGGCUGGGGAGGGGACAAUGGGAGGGGCAAGGGGAGGGAGCUGACCUCCAUAUCUCGGUUGCGGUGGAGCUGCUGGUGGCAGACCUGAAGGUGGCGUUCGAAGGGAUCCUCGACACGAUCGACUGGAUGGAUGCGGCGACGGUGGAGAAGGCCAGAGAGAAGAACGCUGCCAUUCGGGCCUUCAUCGGAUAUCCUGAUUUCAUCAUCGAUUCACAGGCCCUCACCGAAUAUUACGCUGGGAUCAUCGUGAACAGCCAAACUCAUCUCUCCAACAUCUUCAGCCUGCUCGGCUGGUCGUGGGUGCAACAGGCGGCCGGCGUGAACGGCGCGGUGGACCGCGACGCCUGGAUCAUCCACCCGACCAUCGUGAACGCCUUCUACUACCCCAGCAUGAACUCCAUCACCUUCCCGGCGGGGAUCCUGCAGAGUCCGUUCUACCAGAAGGGGAGGCUCGCGGCCAUGAACUACGGCGGGAUCGGGAUGGUCAUCGGGCACGAGAUCACGCACGGGUUCGAUAAUUCUGGCCGCCAGUACGAUGCUCAAGGGAAUCUGGUCAACUGGUGGACGGAUGCGACGGCCGAUGCUUUUGUGGAAAGGGCACAGUGCUUCAUCGAUCAAUAUGAUGGCUACCAACUCCCCGAACUCUCAGAAUUCUUGGAAGACCCUCACGUAAACGGACUUUUGACUCUGGGAGAGAACAUAGCCGACAACGGAGGGAUGCGGGAGGCCUGGUUCGCCUACCUCAACUACAUCGACCGAAACGGAACGGAACCCUUCCUCCCUGGUCUGGAGUUCCUCACGCCUCAACAGCUCGUCUUCCUCACUUUCUCCUAUAACUGGUGCGGUCACAGCACCGUGGAGUAUCUGUUGAACCAGAUCCUGAACGAUCCUCACAGCCCGCCCAAGUUCAGGGUCUACGGUGCCCUGACCAACAACGCUGCCUUCGCCGAGGCCUUCGGUUGCACUGCCGACGACUUCAUGUUCAACGGGGAUGCCAGCUGCGUCAUCUGGUAGUCGGGAGAUUUGUAAGGGAAUUCAAUAAAAAAAAAUUCAAACGUU